GCUAAUAACCCUUUUUUCAUUGCCAGAUUAUUUGAGAAAGAUUGAAUGUUUUGUCAUUUUUGUAUGUCAGAUAUAUGGUCUAACCGGGUUAUUAUUAAUUAAUUAUCAUAUCCCUAAAUAAAUUUCUUUGAGUCAAUGAAAAAUUUGAAACAAUUAGGAAAUGAUAUAUGGAGUUCAACAGAGCGAACAUGUCUCUAUCUCCUUCAGUACAAAACCACAACUAAACCCACCAUCCUUCAAAUCCACGCAUUCAUGCUUCGUAACUCACUCGACACCAACAAAAACCUUGUCGCCAAGUUCAUCGCCACUUGUUCCGCCAUUGCGCUAAGACGAAGCCACGCAACCGAUCUCGUUCGACAUGCCCGCCAAAUGUUUGAUCAAAUGUCUGACAGAAAUGACACUUUUAUUGUUAACACCAUGAUGAGCGCUCAUCUGGGUAUUCAUCAAUAUGACGAGUGUUUGAGUUUGUAUAAGGAGUUAAAGAGAAUUGAUGGGUUUGGACCUGACGGUUAUACGUUUUUGAUGUUGGCGAAAAUGUGUACUCAUAAGUUGGAUUUGUUGGGAAGUCAGCAAGUGCAUUGUCAUGUUGUGAAAGGAGGAUUUGAACGUAAUAUGUAUGUGUGUACGUCGUUGGUCGAUAUGUAUGCAAAAUUAAAGCGGAUGGAAUGUGCAAAGAGAGUUUUUGAUGAGAUGCCUGAGAGGAGUCAGGUUUCUUGGACGGCGUUAGUGUGUGGUUACGUGAAGUGUGGAGAGAUUGAUAACGCGAGGAUGUUUUUUGAUGAGAUGCCUAAGAAGGAUACGGCUGCAUACAAUGCGAUGAUUGAUGCCUAUGUGAAGGUAGGAGAUAUGAGUCGUGCAAGUGGUUUGUUUAAUGAGAUGGAUGAAAAGAAUGUUGUGUCGUGGACUAGUAUGGUUGAUGGUUAUUGUAGUCGUGGUGAUGUGGAUAAGGCUAGGGCACUUUUUGAUGACAUGCCUUGUAAGAAUUUAGUCUCGUGGAAUGCAAUGAUCAAAGGGUAUUACCAAAAUAAGAAACCAGACGAGGCGUUAAAGUUAUUCAAACAGUUGCAAGGGGAAGCAUCGCUUGAAGCUAAUAACGUCACCAUUGUUAGUGUUCUUCCUGCUAUUGCUGAUUUGGGAGCGUUGGAUUUGGGUAAUUGGGUUCACGAGUUUAUCAUAAGAAAGAAGAUGGAUAGAGCUAUUAAUGUUUGCACCGCUCUAGUCGAUAUGUAUGCUAAAUGUGGUGAGCUUACAAAAGCCUGGAAAGUAUUUGAUUCAUUGGCUAAAAAGGAAACGGCCACUUGGAAUGCUUUGAUACAUGGUUUAGCAGUUAAUGGUCAUGGUAAAGAAGCAUUAAAUGUAUUUUCGGAUAUGAACAAAGACGGAAUCAAGCCUAAUGAGAUAACCAUGACCGCCGUUUUAUCAGCUUGUAACCAUAGUGGUCUAGUGGAGGAAGGUAAAAGAUGGUUCAAAGCAAUGCAAGAAUUUGGAAUUAGUCCCAAAAUUGAACACUAUGGUUGCAUGAUUGAUAUUUUGGGCAGAGCAGGACGUUUGGAGGAAGCAGAAACCACUAUGGAUAACAUGCCUUUUGAAGCUAACGAUAUUAUAUUAACUUCCUUUUUGUCUGCGUGUGGUUAUGCUAAAGAUAUUAAACGGGCUGAGAGAAUAUUAAGAAAAACUUACGGAAAAUAUUUUCAUAAUGAUGGAAACUACAUCACAUUACGGAAUAUGUAUGCAACUGAUAAGAGAUGGAUUGAUGUGGAGGAAGUGCAGGAAAUGAUGAGAAGUAAAAAGACGAAAAAAGAAGUUGGUUGUAGUGUGAUUGCGGCUGAUGGUAGAGUGUGGGGGUUUGCCUCAGGAGACCAGUUGCACCCUCAAUCGUCAAGUAUAAAUUCCUUGUUGGAACAGUUAUUGAUUCACAUGAAGAAAACAUACAAUUUGACUUACAUCGUCGUUUAAUUGGUAAACUUUGUUUGUCUGUAAAUUGUUAUCUAAGCAGAGCUGAUAUGACUUCCAUUGAAAAAGUCCUCACAAGCUAUAGCCAAUUUGUACUAGUGCUUCUAUCACUCAAGAUGGCGUUUGGAUGGUUGGAGGUUGUGGAUCUGUUGGUGGCAUGUCAGAUAUGGAACACCUCCUAAACCAAAAAGGUGAAUGCUUCUACUACUAAUUAGUGAUUAGUUAUAACAUAUUAGAUACAAUUGAAUGCAUCUGAAGUUGAAGAAUUUGUAAUUUUCAAUCAGAGGUUGCACAAAAUGGGUCAAACGGGUCUUGUAUCGAGUCAACACAUAUUGGGGUAAAAUGUGUCUACUUAGUACU